CUCUCACUGAUCUCCAGCUCCCUCUCUCUGGAUUCGACGAAGGGUUUCGGCGAUGAUAUACACGGCGAUAGACACGUUCUACCUGAGCGAUGAGGACCUGGAGAACUCUCCGUCGAGAAGGGACGGCAUAGAUGAAGCUACCGAGACCACGCUCAGAAUCUACGGCUGUGAUUUGAUUCAAGAGAGCGGCAUUUUGCUCAGAAUGCCUCAGGCUGUGAUGGCUACUGGUCAGGUGUUGUUUCAUCGUUUCUACUGCAAGAAGUCGUUUACGCGCUUCCAUGUCAAGAAAGUUGCUGCUAGUUGUCUGUGGCUUGCAUCAAAGCUGGAGGAAUGUCCUAAGAAAGCUAGACAGGUGAUUAUUGUUUUCCACAGGAUGGAAUGUAGGAGGGAGAACUUACCCAUUGAGCAUUUGGAUCCACAAUCAAAGGAGUAUUCAGAUUUGAAGGUGGAGUUGAGUAAAACAGAGAGACAUAUUUUGAAAGAGAUGGGUUUCAUUUGUCAUGUUGAGCAUCCCCACAAGUUCAUUUCGAAUUACCUUGCCACUUUUCAGUCCCCAGAGUUAACGCAAGAAGCCUGGAAUUUAGCAAAUGACAGUUUGCGUACAACUUUGUGUGUUCGAUUCAAGAGUGAGGUUGUUGCUUGUGGUGUUGUGUAUGCUGCUGCUAGGCGGUUUCAUGUUCCCCUUCCUGAGAAUCCCCCAUGGUGGAAGGCAUUUGAUGCUGAAAAAUCAGGGAUUGUUGAGGUUUGUAGGGUUCUUGCUCAUCUGUAUAGUCUCCCUAAAGCUCAGUAUAUUCCGGUCUGUAAAGAUUCAUUUACAUUCUAUAGCAACAAAUCGAAUUUGGAGUCCCAGCCAGUUUUGAAGGAUGUUCUUAAUAAUAGCCCUCUAACUAUUGCCGAUACAUAUAAUUCAAAGGCACUGACACCAGCAGUCAGUCAAUCUUCUGGAUCAAAGGGUGUAAACGUUACAGCCACCGAUAAGGUUAAGGAUUGUAAAGAAAAUGAUGAUGAAUCUAAGAGCGGGCCUGUUAUAGAGGAAAGAGAAGAUUUGUGUAUGAAAUCCAAAACUGAACGCAGCAAAAGCAGAGACAGGGAGAGGGAUAGGGAUAGGGAAAGAGAGAGGGACAUGGAUAGAAUAAAAACCAGGGAUCGUGAUCGGGGAGACAGAGUGGAAGCUGAGAGGGAUAUGACCAAAGAUCGAAGUCAUCGUUCUAAGGACAGAGCUAAAGAUUCAGGGGGCCAUUCAGAGAAAUCAAGACAUUACUCAUCACGAGAUCGCGACUAUCACAGUGCCUCAUAUUCUUCAAGGGAGAAGGAUCGCUAUAGACAUCACCCGUAUGCCUGAAUGGUGAAUGUAUUCAUUUCGGUUUCUCAAUUAAACUUGUAGAAUUCAGAUACUUGAUUGUAUGUUGACACAAUGUUGUAAAGAAUGUGAUUAACUAAAAUGUUGGAGGGCUAUGAAAAGGCCAACGUUUGACAGUGAAAAAAAAAGGGUACAUGCACUUGUC